AUGGCGCCCGCCAAAUCGAGUAACAAUGCUUCUGCCACCCAAUCUACCGGCGACACCUCCGCGCCCCUCGCCGAGUAUUUCUUCAUAGCCGGCAUCGAGUCGUCGCAGGUAUACGACGAGAAGGCGAAUGCUGCCCCUCCCGCGGCGCCUGUCGAGGACACCAUCGAUGAGGACAGGGAGCUAGAGAUCGACAGCGCGAGCAAUCGGCCCACCACCCCAGGUUCACCCACGGAUACAGUGCAGAGGAGGUCACGAUACAGCUUCGAGGCGAGAAAGAGUGUGGGCAGCAUCAUAAAUGCCGUAGAAGAGAAGGUACCGGCGAGCAACCGCAGCAGCACAACCAUCAAGGCAGUACAGAUUGGAGGCUCCGAGUGGACGGAUGAUGCCUUUGCAGAAGCGCUUAAGAAGUUUGCUUCGGAGAGGGACAGCUUCAUCGAGGAGAACCACAUCUCUGCUGGAACCGUCAGCACACACAACCCACAGAAGCGAGCGAGACCGCGGACGGUUCGGAUUACGCAAGACGAGGGUUCGUUAACGCCCAAUGGCAAUGGGCUCAAGAGUGGCGUGGGCAGUCUGCGUCGGCGACUGUCUACCAUGAACAGCAUGAAGCGAGCGUCUUCUGUCAUGAGCCGAAGCUCUGUGAGGCAGUCCAAGCGUCUCAGUGGCUACAACAGCGUCAUCCCAUCGCCUCAGCCAUUCCACACCACGCCUGAUAUGCAUCCGCUCAAGCGGCGGUACGAGCCGGUUCUUUUGGAUCGAUAUCCCACCAAGACAAUGGUUGAUGAAUCGAAGCGACGAACGACUUUCCCGGAUUAUGUCCCCAUGUUCACCUUUCCCAACGAUGUGACGGUGGUCUCAUCAGACGAGCGACCCAGAUCCACCUGGCACGGCUUUGCCAUGACGAAUCAAGAUAACAGCAAGCUUUAUGGUGUGGUUGUGACAGUAUGGGUGCCUUUGAACGACACUGCAUCUGAUGCAUUGGAACAUCAGUGUGAAGAGUGGAGAAAGGCAAACAUGAGUGACGAAGAGCGAGAGUUGGCCAGCAGUCUCGGGGAGAGAUUGUCAAACGAGAGAGCAAAGCUGAGCAGACUUUUGGCUGAACUUCCCAACGUGACGUCUGGAUCUGACGAGCGAGAAAAGCUGGAAGAAGAGAUCAGUGCGGUUGAAGAGAAGAUUGGACUCAUGACGGAUCUCCUCAGACCAGUCAGGCACGGCGCAGCUUCCAAGAUCGACGGUCUCACAGAAGGCGAAUCCGGAUUCUGGAUCCCACGUGCCUAUGGUAUCUUAGGGCGAGACGCGAGUUUGACCAGCUUCUGGAAAGAGUGGCUAAAGGCGAUUGUGGUACCCAUGACCAACGGUGCAGUCCUGCGAGUACCGCCCAGCUCGCCCAAAGUUGGUCUCUGGCAGCCUCUCGAACGUUACGUGUGCAACCUUUGCAUAGAAGCAUUGAGUCCAAUCACCUCCAUCACGCAAGUUGAGGUCGCCAUUCGGGAUUUACGAUUGUACGCACGAAAAGAGGCCAUCAACGAGAUCCCUGGAUCGAGAAGCACCGACCUGUACGCUUUGUUCAGAUGUUUGACGAUUCCCAACAUCAUCACGCUCUUCGAGUACGCUCUGGCCGAGUCACGGAUCAUCCUGCUCUCCUCUCACACAUCAAUGCUGCAACUGGCAUGCGCGGCUUUGACGAGUCUCCUUUAUCCCUUGAAGUGGACAGGCGUCUUGAUCCCUGUCCUACCCUACCGGCUUAUCCAAGCGCUCGAGGCACCCUGCCCGUACAUUGCAGGCGUUGAGCGGCGAUACGAGAAGCUCGACCUCCCAGACGAUGACUUCUGUUUGGUGGAUCUCGAUGAGAAUACUAUCGAGAGCACCGAGCCGCCCACACCCAUGCCAAGACCGCAGAGGAGGAAAUUGCAGGCGCUUCUGCAAGCCGCUGCACCUCACCACACUCGCUUUGGCGUGCCCACCGGCCCUCCUGCAUACGCCAUCGAGACCUUUCCAUGUGAUGCAUUCUCUUCGGAGAGUCCCCAGAUCUUCAACUCCAGAUCGACCCCUGCGACUUUGGCAAACUUUGUUAGCGAAAGCUCGACCAACUUUGGAGAUGCAAGCAACAUGCACCCGCUGCAGCGACAGACCGUCUUCAAUGCCUUUUUAAGCCAGCGACCAGAUUCUGGACAUCGGCACAACGACAGACCUUCAACAAGCUCAACGAGCACCGGCGCUAACAGCCAAUCCUCGAAAGGCUCGCCACCCUCACCCGGCACCGCACCUUCCCCCGUUUCUGGCAGCUUCCCAAACACGCCUGUCUCGCGAAAUGAUUCUGGAUUUGCGCUGCAAGCUACUCUGCGCGAGAAGAGAUCAGGGCAUUUCGGUGAAGGUCUUGUUAGACGCAACUCUGCUGUAACUUCCCUUUUCAACGCUCGCCAUCCUUUGCAAGACAAGACUAACACGCCGGAUGUGGAGCGUGUGAGCACCAUUCGCCGCCCUAGUGCGCCAGUCCUCGGACAUCAUCCGACCAUGUCAACGUCUACCCUCGGUGUUAGUGGGCAAUCAAGCUACGCGCCGAGUGUGUACGCUCAAAGCACCCUUGCCGCCAGCACCAUCAUGCAGCCAGCCAUGGUGCAGCAUGUUCGAGACAAUGAGACGACCAAGUGGGCAGAGGGACAUUGCCUGCAGAAGCGCAGCCCAGAGAGCAGGACUUACUGCACGAUUUGCGACGAGAGGUGUGAUGACGAGCUGUUCAGAUGCAGUGGAUGCGGGAUCUCAGUCCAUGGCCGUUGCUCGCCUGCAGUUUGUCACGUCUGCCCAGUCGCAUUCAGACCAGACCAGGUGCGGGCAGCAUUCGUCCGGUGCUUCGCAUCUCUCUUCUACACCUACCGUCGCUUUAUGCACCCUGCCUCCAGCGAGCGCAAGAAGCAAGGUCUCAUCUACCACUUCAACAUGGACAACUUCCUUCGAAGUGUCCCACAUGGCGACAGCGAGUACAUGAACAUGCUGCGGCAGACGCAGGCAUUCAACGAGUUCAUCAGCGAGCGCGAAUCGACCCGCGCCGAGGAUCCAUCAAUCAAGCUCUUCGACGAAAUCAUCCUCUCGAAGCGCAACCGAGGCCGCACAUCGCUCUUCUCCAAAUCGGACACCUCCUUCUUGUCCGACACUUCGGACCACCUCUGGCGCUCGGCUGCAGCGACACCACCCUCGAGUCGCUUCCCAGGAGAUGUCCGUGUUCAGAGCGGCCGCACGCCCGCGAAACUGGAUCCCACGCUCAUGAAAGAGCCACGCUCGAUCCAAGGCGCCCCACGCCUCCAGCAAGCGAGGACGAAGCGGAAGCCCGUCGCCAGCAUGCUGGGUCUGAGCUCGCAGACGGCGGACUCAUGA